AUGGCGAUGCCACGCCGUGUCGACCGCGCCAAGGUGCACGUGCGCAGCAGACUGGCCAAAAAACCUGCACGUUUUGCUGUGGGUGACACAGAGGUGGAGCAACAUGGUGCAGACAGGUUUAGACGGAGGUACCUGUCCCGUGUAGGCGGCGGGGCAGCACGAGAGGGUGGUGGGCUAUCAGAAGCACAGAAGCCUCUGCAGCAGCUCAGGGAACAGGAGCGCCUCAAGAGGCAGCGAUUGAAGGCCAGGCAACGUGACAGGUCCAACAUACUGGCCAACACACUCGCACUUGCCUUCCCAGAUAUGGUCAGGGCGGAGACCCAGGUGGAGGAAGCCGUACUCGAAGAGGUGCAGUCAGAGCGCCAGAUUGAAGAACUCAAGAUGCUCUUCAUUGAAGACUACCAGGACUGUGAGGAGGAUGCUUUGAAUAUUAUCACAGAACAUGGCUUUGAAUAUGAGUUCGACUGGUUAAAAUUUCUUGCUGAAGGUGAACUGCGGCAUAGGAUUUUACGUGGACAAUUUGGUGUUGAUACUACAGACAACAUGAUGUUUUCAGAGAUGAAUGUACUUGUUGGUAGGAGAACAGCUCCACCUGAAGCUAUGGAAACUAUAGAAGAAAAAUUAUCAAGUAAAGAACAAAAAGAACCUGAAGAAUCUGAAGAACCUGAUUUACCUGAAGCAGACCAGUAA